CAUACAUUUGCGCAACGGCAAAAGCACGAAGUUUCGCACACUCGCAGCCGUGCCCUGUCGUCAUGCAGCUACGGAGAGUGUGCAGGCUUUGUAUGUGAUCUCUGGCGACCGUGCAAGCUUUGUGGCCAUGGAUGAUCCAGCCCGCGAACUGGAUCAGCUAACCGUGCGUGAAUUGCUUGACCAGGAUUCUCGCCCAUCUUUUAUCAUCGAUCUUGACCCUGAUGCCGACGAAUCUCCAAAUCGCGGGAGCGUCCUCAAGCCUGUCUUCUCCAAUUCAGCCUUGCGACUGCAUCAGCGUCUGUUUGACGUUAUCACAGGCGCAGAGAUCCUGACCAACACGUCUUCUUCCUCUGGCUCUCGCGCGUACCAAGACUUCAAAGUCUGGGCUACCGGCAUUACGAAACACGAUGAUUCGAAAGACAUAUACCCAUUGUUCCAUGAGUUUGAAGACCUCCUGUGGACUGGAUCCACCAUUAGGAGGCGAUGGCGUCUCAUUUCUGGUAAUAUGCUGUGGAAACAGAAUGUGCCAUCGCGCACGCUUGCAUCUGGAGGACCGAUAGAGGUUGCUUCUGGGUCGUUUUCUUCUUCCGAAAGACAAAGAACGGAGCAGUCUGAAGGCCAAUCGUCUGACAGGGUGUCGGUGAACCCAUCAGAUGCGACAUCCUGGUCCUACACAGGUCAAACGCUAGCAUCGUCCAAACAAGCUGAAAGACUUAAUUUUACAAAGGCUUCAAAAACAUCCGGUGAGAGUUCAAGUGGGAAUUCUUCCCGACAAACCCAGUCCAUCAUACUGUCAGUCCCUGAGAAGGCGUGUGCGGAUUGGACGGCAGAGAAUCCUAAAGGUCAUCUAACCGAACAUAUGAAGUUUGCUCGCAGCAUCAACUGGGGGGCAACUCCGUUGGGGCCCAUGUCCAGCUGGUCUAGAGAAUUCAGACAGAUUGUCAAUCUUGCGAUGAGCAACCCGCAUCCCAUUUCUGUACUUUGGGGCAGCGAUCUCACAAUGAUAUACAACGAAGCUUACGUGGUAGAAGUUGCCGGAAACAAGCAUCCUGCGCUGAUGGGCACAGGUUUCUCUGGAGAGUUUUCCGAGCUUUGGGAAGGCGUUGCCCCCCUCAUGGCUGAAAUGGCGAGAACGGGUCUCUCAGUCCGCAGAGAAAAUGAUUAUCUGCCUAUAGAAAGAUACGGAUUGCUCGAAGAGACAUUUUUCUCCUGGUCUUGGACCCCUUUAUACGGCAACACGGACAAAAUCUUAGGAUUUUACAACGCACCUUUUGAGACCACGCAGAUGGAGCGCCAUCGACGCAUGAUGCAGACGAUCAACAGACUUGGUGAAUGCACUUCCCGCGCCAAGUCUGUGAAGCAGUACUGGAAACGAGUCCUAGAGGGUCUAGACGAAAAUAUUUGGGACAUACCAUUUGCGCUAUUGUACAGCGUGGCAGACAGCGAGGAUCAAGACCACUCAUCGAUAUCAUCAGGAAGCACAAUAUCGAUGAAGUCUUGUUACUUCGAAGGGUCCAUUGCUGUACCCCCCGGACAUCCUGCGGCUCCACCACAACUUGAUCUGAAGAGGAGCUUAGAAGGGUUCAUUCCAUCGUUUCGAGAAGCAAUGCGUACACGAGAGCCUACUCUUCUUCACGCUCGUGAUGGCACUCUCCCAUUAUCACUUCUUGAAGGUAUAGAAUGGCGUGGAUUUGGUGAACCUUGCCAAGACGCUGUUAUCUUUCCGGUUCGUCCCACAAACGGGGAUCAGGUACUGGCAUUUCUCCUGAUUGGCAUGAAUCCACGGCGCCCAUACGACGAAAGCUACCAAUCUUUCGUAAAUAUGCUUAAUAGAGCGCUUGCCACAUCGCUAGCAUCCAUCCUGCUUUUCGAGGAGGAAGUUCGCAGAUCUCGAGACGCUGCAGAAGCCGCUGCUCUCGAACAGGAAAAGCUCAGUCAACAACUUGCGCUGCAGACUGACAGGAUGCGAAGAAUGACGGAAUUGUCGCCUCUGGGAAUGUUCUUAGUGACACCUCAGGGCGUGAUGCGGGAAGCGAACGACCGAUUCUACGAAAUGACAGGGUUGGAAAAGGACGACAUCGAGCCAAUGUCCUGGAUAAAUUUUGUGGAGGAAAGUAGCAGAUCCGUAAUGGACCACGGAUGGUCGCAACUCGUGGAUGAUCAUGUGCCAUGGAGCGGCGAAAUUCAACUUUCCGCGAAAGGGAGUCGCUCUGUUGAUCCAGAUGGACACCCUAUUGCUACCUGGGUCUUGUUCACAGCCGCUCCUGAAUUCGCCGCUGACAGUUCUCUGAGAUCCAUCAUGGGUUGUAUCACUGACAUCUCACACCUCAAAUGGGCAGAAGGUUUGCAGAACCGGAGGCUAGCCGAAGCGGAAGAGACUAGGCGGCAGCAAAAUGAGUUUAUUGACAUCACGUCACACGAGAUGAGAAAUCCGCUUAGUGCUAUCUUGCAAUGCGCAGACGACAUAUGCAGCGCCCUCGAGAGAUACAUCACGACGGAGUCGCCACCCUCGAGAGUUACGUUGGAUAACUGCAUCGAUGCAGCUCGUACGAUCAGUCUCUGUGUUCAGCAUCAAAAGAACAUUGUGGACGAUAUUCUCACGAUAUCGAAGCUCGACUCAAACCUGCUUCUUAUCACUCCAACCCCAGCGCAACCAGUUGAAAUCCUUCGACAUUCUGUCAAGAUGGUUGACUCCGAACUCCAGGCUAGGGAUAUAAAGCUCGAAUUUAAUACCGAUAACUCGUAUAAAGAGUUGAAUGUUGACUGGGUAAACUUGGAUCCGAGUCGCGUUCGUCAAAUUUUGCUCAAUCUUCUAACAAAUGCAAUCAAAUUUACGUCGGAGGUCGAGAAUCGAGUCAUCACUGUCGCUGUUGGUGGAUCUAAAUUCCCUCCCACGUCACCCAUCGUACCUGGAUUCACCUUAGUUCCGGCCAGUAAAAGGAAAAACGAGAAUGUGACGGAUGGGGAAGAUUGGGGAGAUGGGGAGGAUCUCUAUGUGCACUUCCGUGUACAAGAUACAGGCGUCGGACUCACUUCAUCACAAAAACAGAUUUUGUUCGCGCGAUUCAAACAAGCAUCGCCAAGGACCCAUGCUCAGUACGGCGGGAGCGGGCUAGGGCUGUUUAUCUGUAAGCAACUCUGUGAACUGCAUGGAGGGUCGAUCGGUGUCGCAUCGGAAGCUGGGCAUGGAAGCACAUUCGGAUUCUAUAUCAAAGUUCGUCGAACGCAGGCAGCUCAUGUCCCCAAGUUAGCCAGUCACGUUUCGCCCGAGCCUCUUACCAAAUUAUCUCAGUACCUUCCAUCUCAACGACAAGAGGCUGGAAGUAAGAGCUCGGUUUCAGCAUCACUGCCCGCAAAAGCAGACACUAAAUCUUUUGAUUCAACAAAACUACACGUCUUAGUAGUCGAAGACAAUCUAAUUAACCAAAAAGUGUUGGUAAAGCAACUCAAGAAGUAUGGGUGCAACGUGGGUGUUGCAAACGAUGGUAUCGAAGCUCUAGAGUUCCUGGAAAAGACGAAAUAUUGCAGCCUAGAAGAUGGCAGAGAACUUUCGAUUAUCCUCAUGGACCUAGAAAUGCCUAGGAUGAAUGGCUUAGACUGUGUUCGGAGGAUCAGAGGAAUGGAGAAUGACGGUAAAGUGGAUGGUCAUAUCCCUGUGGUCGCUGUUACCGCGAAUGUAAGGGAAGAGCAGAUCUCUGCUGCGUUGUCAAGCGGUAUGGAUGAUGUGAUAGCCAAGCCGUUCACGAUAUCAGAGUUAUUCACGAAAGUGGAUGCGCUGUUCGAACGACUGGCGAUGAAGAUUUUAUAGAAGCGGCAAUCGUAAGCUAUGAUCUAUUGAAAAUUUAGAUAUAAGUUCUCAACAGGUCGUCCUAGAGCUCAGAUAUGA